GUCUGUGCUUUGGCGACUAAUCUGUGGGUUAGGUAUAACCCCAAAUGAGUCUGAACCCCUUUAUUAAAUGUUUGCGGUAAAUUAUAGAAGCAAAACGUAAAGCAAAACUAUAUAUGCUACUUAUUUCCAAACAAAGAAAGAAAUUAGGUAGUUUUGUUUAAAAUGUCUAAAUCAAGCAGUGGAAUGGGAACAAAAUCUAAGUCCAAUGAGGAGGUAUUCGCAGGUUUUCAAACUCUUCGAAAUGAACAAAGACAAUUAGCAAAUAAAAUUUCAGAAUUAGAAAUGGAUCUAAAUGAGCACAAGAUAGUAAUAGAAACUUUACAAGCGGUGGAGCCAAAACGCAAAUGUUUCCGUAUGAUUGGUGGAGUAUUAGUUGAGCGCACAGUUGCCGAAAUACUACCAGAGCUUGAGACUAACUUGGAAAGGUUACCUAGUGCAAUUCAGACACUUAAUGAACAACUGGCCCAUAAAGGACAGGAGAUCAAUGAUUAUAUAGAGAAACAUGAUAUCCGAGUGCAGCGUGGGGCUCAGCAGCCAACAGAAGCACCCUCACAGGACUCUCCAAAUGCUAAAUCCAAUGUUCUUGUUGCAAGUGGUUAAAAUUAUUCUAAAUCCUUAAUUAUUUUUGAGCUUGUUUGUAAUAAAAAAGUAUUUUAAUUGAUUAAACAUAUAACAUGUGAUAAACAUUUAUUAUAUUAAAUGGAAACUAAAGUUAACUUCUAUCACAAAUCACUUAAAUUACCUAUUAUCAAAAUAUAUCUUUGCUUUACAAUAAAAACAUUAUAAAUUCAUAAUUUCCUUAAAAAUAAUUUUAUUUAACUUUGUUUUAACUAGUAAUAAAGAUCCUCGCUUAUU